AUGCAGCUCAAGAACUCCCUCCUUCUUCUCACUGCAGUGAGCGCUGGCUCUGCCAUGGGCCGCCUCCACGGCCACGAGCGCCGUCACGCCCAGCUCCACGAGAAGCGUGACGUUGGCGACUGGGUCUACGCUGAGAUCGACGGUGUCUGGGAGUCCUGGAAGAACAACUGGAGCGGCACUCCCACCACUGCUGCCUCUGUUUCCUCUGCUGCUGCCACCACUGCUGCCAGCACCAGCGCUGAGGCGACCCCCGCCGUCACCAGCGCCUCCGCCUCCGCCAGCGCUUCCAGCUCUUCUUCCUCGUCCUCAUCCUCGUCCAGCUCCGACUGGUCUGCCACUCCCGCGGACGGCGUCUUUUCCUGGGAGGGCUUCGGUGGCCGCACUACCCAGUCCGGCAGCGGAGUCGAAUACAAGGGCAAUGUCGGUAGCCCCUACGGAUCCAACAUUCUAGAGGUCUCUGAGGCCGAUGCCCCCAACUACAAAUACGUCGUCCGCUUCGUUGGCGACAACACCGACCCCUGGACCGUCGGUAUCUGGAACAAGAUUGGUCCCGAUGGACAGAUGACCGGCUGGUACGGCAACGCCGUCAAGCAGUUCACCCUCCAGCCCGGUGAGGUCAAGUUCGUCGCUUUCGACGAGGACUCCCAGGGUGGCUGGGGUGCCGCCAAGGGCACCUCGCUCCCCACGGACGAGUACGGUGGCUAUGCCUGCACCUGGGGUGAGUUCGACUUCGGUAACUCUCAGAACGACGGUUUCUCCGGCUGGGACGUUUCUGCCAUCCAGGCUGAGGCUGCCAACCUCACUGUUCAGGGUAUGCAGAUCUGCGAGGCUGCCGGCACUGGCUGCUCUGCUAUCGCCGAUGCUCUGGCUGAGGUGAUCGCUGCCUACACCUACGCUCUCAAGGAGGUCAACGGUAUUGGUGGCAACACGCCCGCUGGUCCUGUCCGUCUCAACACCAUCCUCAACUGGUCCAAGAACUAA